AAAAUUCUCCCCAACUGCAACGGUCUUUUUAGUAAACGCUGUACGCGGUAGUGCAAUAAACCCCUCCGCGGCCGUUGGAUCUCACCGGGACUGAGAUUUAGAGCAACUACUUUGUAGGGUUUUGUCCGAAACACCGGCUUUCGGGCGAUGAUCGUCAGCGACAUGUUGAAAACCCCCGGCAUGUCACGGUUUCAGAUGAAAUCGAAUGCCUAAACUUUCGAUGAUGGAGCCUGACCGUUGAUGACAAACAUCUCGAUUUGGUCAACACUGAAGCUAUUCGCAAAAAGUUACACAUGUCUCUUUGAUUAGACACCAAAAAUAUUUGUACCAUGUUAUUGAAAAGGGCAAGUCUAGGUUAUCAUCUUUCCAAGCAAAUCACUCUAUGUUUGCGAAUCAUUUCUAACAUCGGCUAUAGGUAUCUCACUUGCAAGUUUACUUUCACUCAUUAUGGUGGAGUCGAUGCGCGACAUGAUACCUCCCUGUGACGAGAGUGCCUCGAAGCCUUUCCUCCGUGUUCUCCGGAUUGUCAAGUUCCCAUGAACAGCCACAGUCGAACUGACCCUAACGCCACAGCUCAUGCACUCCGGCUCCGGGAAGCACGAUGUAAUGGACCGCAGGCUCAGAAAAAUGUUGCCUUGUGAGAUACAAGUCUGACUGAAAAGCCUUCUCUUUUCAACAUUUUCAACAAUCUAUCAUGUUCGGGGUUUUAUCACUUAGUUAUCGCUUUUUCUUCCAUCGUCGACAGCCCUGAUCCGAUUUUACCUCUCGAGCAAGUAUACCUUAGGUAUCUGGCAAGAAGGGUUCAUAUUGCCGCGCCAUUCAAUGCAAGCCCAAACGGAUGAAAGUGUUGCCGAAAGUUGUUGCCGAAGAGGUGUCUAAGACAACUUCACUUUCUCGGCACUAGCCGCAGAGGGCGAGACUAUCACAAGGAUCGGAGAAAUGCUUUCGCCCAAGCAGGUUCAAAUUCCAGGGUUCUCACUUCCGCAAAGGGGUCUGUCCAUCCUCGAAGGAUCACACGCUUUACCGGGAAGGAUUGGGUCACGGGUAUGUCAUGCAGCCAUUGGGAUAUGGUCGGCGAACUCGAAGGUCUUACUCCUAACACAAACAAUCUCCUUGGAUACCUGACCAAAAGUUCGAUACUCAUGUUGGAGAGGGUAACAUGAUGGGAAUACGAGUGCCAAAGUUGGUUAACUCAAGGAACCAGAUAUCCCACACGCGACUUCUAUUGAUGUGAUGCUUUCGAUUUGCCCUAUGGCACUUUCGCCAACCCUCGUAUUGGUAAAGACUGAAUAACCGACUCGAUAGGUAUGUCACAGUCCAACGAGUCAACAAUAGCAACGAGUUAUUCCGUCAGUCCAGUGGGCCCCUACCCCUAUAGCGGACUACAAACUCUUGGUCUCUUCCUCCUAGGAUUCUUCCCGCUUCUUUCGAUCACGGCCUGUGUUUUACGAGUAUGGAGUCGGCGUCUCUGUCAAGGUUUGGGACUUGGUGAGUGUUCACUCAUGGCUUCGCAAUUCCGCAGGGUGUUUUUGCAGCCCUCUACAUGCGAGCCGGCUAUUGGGGCAUUCACGACAUCGACAUCCCCCCUCAUCCUGCCAAUCAGGGUCUGUUCUUUGCUUAUCUCAACCGCGUUUUUUACAGCCCUCUGCUUGCUUUGGUCAAGAUAUCCGCGUUGUUGUUUCUCCUCAGGCUGGGCGGGACCAAACACUUCGUGCACAUCUCAUGUCGAGCUCUGAUCCUGUUCAACAUCCUACAGGUGUGCGCCUUCCUCCCAGCGACGAUCUUCAACUGCACCCCUGUGGAAUAUGUGUGGACGAAGCCGGCUGGGUCAGGAAAGUGCUUCAACUCGGGCCUAUUUGCAGUAGCGCUAGCCUCAACAAACAUCGUCACCGAUAUCUUGACGCUCCUGGUUCCGUUCGUUGCCUUCAAGGACCUGAGGCUCGGAUGGAGGAUACGUGCGGCACUCCUCACCGUCUUUGCUUUGGGAGCCGCUGUCACAUGCAUCAGCAUCGUACGUCUCUACUCUGUCAUUCGCGUCUGGUAUCUUAGACCGGCCGAUGGCCAUUACACGAUUGGCUACACGACCAAUACCAUCGAGGUGAACCUGGCAAUUGUUACAGCAACAAUACCAGCGCUGUGGCCGCUCGCGCGUGUGUGGUUCCCGGAUGUGUUCGAGUCGAUGGGGAUCAAUCGGCCCUAUCUCUAUCCGGACAUUGAGGUUCAGGUCCGUGCCAGCGUGGGCCAGCAAAUAACAUCGCCUGCUCUCCGUGCGAAAACAUUGUGGCUUCCACGACUGCCGCACACGCCCAGCUACAUCAGGGGAUCUGCUUCUCCACCUACCGCCCCGGGGGACCGGGAAAGAAACACAAGACACAGGGGACUCGCGGACUGGCAGAGACAGAAUGCGGCAGUGGUGGAACGAGAUGAGGAGGACGACUAUCACGGCAUUAUCCGAUGGACAAACACAAGCGCUGAACCGCUUGCCGAGCAGGACGACGAGGAUUUCCUGAUCAUUCAAAAGACAGAACCGAGCAGAUGAGGGGCGCACCGAUUACACAUAACACAAUAUCCUCUGAAAUGAGGGUGAAAUUUGGGUGUUUUCACUGGGAGGCUUCAUGAGCGGACAGCCAUGGCGUUUGAUGGCGGUUAGGUUUGGGCA